AUGUCAGAUUUUGAAGGCUUAAAUGGGCUUAUUCUGAAGGGCUGGAUUGUGUUGACCUCUGACACUGAAGAGAACAGACCUCAGGCUAUACGCUACUUUGACAGCGGUGUUCAGGAUGCUGGGAAUUUAUUUGGACUCAUGGGAAAAAUGGAGUUCUUCAUGGCGAAGCAGAACGAGCAGUGCGCUCUCGACAUCGCCAACCAGAUCAUCGUCUCUCAUCCAGACUUCAGCCCGGCGCUCCUCAUGAAGAUGAAGGUGUUCGUGUCUCUGCGUGACUGGGAGCAAACGGAGGCGGUCGCACAGAGAGUUCUGGAGAGAGACGGACGUGAUCUGAAAGCUCUUCAAAUGAUGACCGUCAUCGCUGCGGCUAAAGAUGGAAAUAUGGAGCUGGUGAAAGUGCGUCUUCAGGCUUUAAUGAGUGCGGUUGAGAUCUCUGAGCCCUGCAAUCCCAGCCUGCAUGUGGAGAUCACAGCAGCCAUCAGCCGACUGUGUGGACACAACCCAGAGAUCCUGCAGAUGUUGACGGUGUUUGUGCGUCGAGUGUCUUCACGCACGCCAGUGGCGUCUGAUGUCAUCUGUGAGCUCGGCUAUCUGCUCGAUCACCAAAGCAAGUAUAAGGACGCCCAUAAAUGCUACUCUACAGCACUGAAAACAGAGCCCAAGUGCACCUCCGCAUUAGUAGGCACUAUUAGAUGCCAGCUGAUGUGCGGUCAGCUUGAGGAAGCUGCCCAGCAGCUCGCGUUCUUCUGCGAAGUGCAAGAGUCUCUUGGAAAUACAGCGGAAGUUCCUCUGCUGAAGGCCCUGUUGGGCAGGAAGCAGGGCGCAGGUGAGGAGACGGUGAUGCAUCUGCUAAAAGACGCCACGGAGCGCCAUUUCUCUGCUCUUCGUGGGUUAAAUUAUGGUGUGGAAUACCUGCAGAUGCUGGACCUCAAUUUCCUUCUGCAAAUAGUGUGCAUGCACCUGGAGUCCAAACAGGAUUUUGCCCUCGUUCCUGGACAAACUCCACCAUUUUGGCUGAAACACUCAAAUAUGAUCUUGGAAACAGUCAUCAAAGCUGUUCCUGGCAUGUCGGUGAGCUGUUAUUAUAUGGCAUACAUCAAGUUCCUUCUAGGUGAGCACAGGACAGCCCAGCACUUUUUGAACCUGUGCAUAGAGAAAGAUCCGUCUGUCCCGGAGGUACACCUCCUGCAGGCCCGUCUGCACCUGAGCGCUGGAGAGCACAGCAGGUGUCUGAGCUGUCUGGAGUCUGCUAUCAGCGUCAGCUUUGAGAUGUGCACUAUUAGAUGCCAGCUGAUGUGCGGUCAGCUUGAGGAAGCUGCCCAGCAGCUCGCGUUCUUCUGCGAAGUGCAAGAGUCUCUUGGAAAUACAGCGGAAGUUCCUCUGCUGAAGGCCCUGUUGGGCAGGAAGCAGGGCGCAGGUGAGGAGACGGUGAUGCAUCUGCUAAAAGACGCCACGGAGCGCCAUUUCUCUGCUCUUCGUGGGUUAAAUUAUGGUGUGGAAUACCUGCAGAUGCUGGACCUCAAUUUCCUUCUGCAAAUAGUGUGCAUGCACCUGGAGUCCAAACAGGAUUUUGCCCUCGUUCCUGGACAAACUCCACCAUUUUGGCUGAAACACUCAAAUAUGAUCUUGGAAACAGUCAUCAAAGCUGUUCCUGGCAUGUCGGUGAGCUGUUAUUAUAUGGCAUACAUCAAGUUCCUUCUAGGUGAGCACAGGACAGCCCAGCACUUUUUGAACCUGUGCAUAGAGAAAGAUCCGUCUGUCCCGGAGGUACACCUCCUGCAGGCCCGUCUGCACCUGAGCGCUGGAGAGCACAGCAGGUGUCUGAGCUGUCUGGAGUCUGCUAUCAGCGUCAGCUUUGAGGUUCGAGAUCGAUUCCAGUUCCAUCUGCUCAAAGCUCGUGCUCUGCUGAGAUCUGGAGACCUGAAGAACGCCAUCCAGUGUCUGAAGAUCACCAUGAGCAUGCCCGGGGUCCGCAGGCCCUCAGAGGGGCCGCAGUUCUUCAUCUCCCCGAGCGAGCGAGUGUCUGUGUACCUGGAGCUCACAGAGGCACUGAGACUCAACGGAGAACAGCACGAGGCCACUAGAGUUCUGCAGGACGCCCUUCUGCGUUUCAAAGGCACACCGGAGGAGACGCGUCUCAUGCUUGCUAAUGUGGAUCUGGCUUUAGCGAGAGAUGACGUGGACGCCGCUGUAGUCAUGCUGCAAAACAUCCUGCCUACUGAGUCAACCUACAUCCAAGCCCGAGAGAAGAUGGCACAUAUAUACUUGGAGAGGAAACACAAUGAGAAGCUUUACAUCACAUGUUACAGGGAAAUAAGCGAGCAGCUUCCAGGAGCUCAUACAAGGAUCUUGCUGGCUGAUGCCUUCAUGAAGAUACACCAGCCCGAGGAAGCUGUCAAGAUCUACCGAGAAGUAGAGAAAAUUGCUCCGAAAUAUACUUUAGCCAAGAAAAUAGGCCAGGCUUUAGUGAAGGCUCAUGAAUAUGAGACGGCUGUGAGCUAUUAUGAGACGGCUCUGAAGACGGAUACUCUGGACUGUCUUAUGAGUGUAGAGCUGUCCGAACUGCUGCUUAAACUGAAACGAUUUGAGAAAGCUCAGCAGGUCCUGGAAAAGGCUUUGGAACAUGAACCUACUGCUGCGUUGGUUACCAUGAUGAGUGAAGUAACAGUUUUACGAGUGUUAGUAAAAGUACUACGUGCCAGGAAUGAGUCUACCCUGGACGUCAUGAAAAGGUUGCACGAUCUCCAGCAAAAAGUUGUUUUCCGGGCUGCAAACGAGCAUCCGGAAGAAUUAGAGGAUCAGAGGAAGUCGUUAGUGGUGAUCUGCUGUGAUUGGGCUCGUGAGUUUCACCUCAGACGUAACCUGGUAAAGGCCAAACAGCACUACACUGACGCUUUAAAUCACAGCCCGGACAACGAGGAGGUCAUCUUUCGUCUGGCUCAGUUAUACUACGAGCAUCAGAAGCUGGAUUACUGUGAGGAACUUUGUCUGAAGAUCCUGCAGCUCCACCAAAACCACACCGCUGCCUUGAUACUGUUGGCUGAUACAUUAUUUUGGAAGAACCAAAAAGAGGAAGCAGUCAAGAUUUAUGCCAUUAUUAUGGAGCGAAACCCAGACAACUUUCAUGCCAUGGCCAAGUUUCUGCACAUUCUGCGCAGGAUGGGGAAACUCGAUGACGUCCGGUCUGUUUUUAUAGCGUGUGAAAAGUUCAGUCCACUGUCGGUCAGAGAAGCGGGUUAUAGUUACUGCAAGGGUCUCUACUUCUGGUCAGUGAUGCUGGAGGCGUCUUUGCUCAUGAUGGCUCAAGGUUUCGUUCAGCUGAAGCAGAUUCCCAGAGCCAGAAACGUCCUCAAACGGCUCAGCAGGAUGGAGUGGAGCGACACAAACGCGGAUGACUUGGAGAGCGCCUGCCUGCUCUUGGCUGACAUGUACAUCAAGACGAGAAAAUACACACAAGUGGACAAACUGCUCGACAGCUGCAUACGACACAAUCAGUCGUGUAGUAAGGCGUACGAGUAUCGGGGUUUGAUAAUGGAGAGCGAGCAGAGACACAGCGACGCAGCGCUGCAGUAUGAACUGGCCUGGAAACACAGCAGCAGAGCCCAUCCUGCAGUCGGGUUUCGUCUGGCCUUUAACUACCUGAAGUGCAAGAAUUACACACUGGCCGUUGAUGUGUGUCAUCAGGUGCUGCAGCAGUGUCCAGAUUACCCAGAAAUCCAAGAUGAGCUUCUGACCCGAGCUCAGCUCUCUCUCCGUCUGUGACCGUGUGUGUGUGUGUGUGUGUGUGAGAUUUACAGCGACUGGGAUCAAGAUUUCCCUUCGAAAACACUUUCAUUGAGAGAUUUUAGUUAGAAAACUAAGUAACAGAAUAGGGACCAAUUCUCACUAUAAACUAGUUGCUUAUUAACAGGCUUAUUAUUAACAUAUUGGCUGUUUAUAAAGCACAUAUCCUGCAUGAGCAUAUUCUACAUCCCUAAUCUAGCCAAUACCUGAACUUAACUACUACCUUACUAACUAUUAAUAAGCAGCAAAUUAGGAGUUUGAGGCAAAAGCCGUUAAUGGCUUGUUAAUAGUGGGAAUUUGACCUUAAAAUAAAGUGUGACCGAAAAC